GAAUUAUUUACCGCCACCGUUCGUCGGUGUUUAUUGACAGCGUCGUGUUUUGGUCACUCCGUGAUACUUUAUGGUUGUCCAGUCAACAAGAAACACGUGCGUUGUAUUUCUAAUCUAAUCUGGAUUAUUUUCCUAGCUACCGAUAAACCGGGGGGCAACGGCGGGGCUGGUUUUGCCUAAAUUUGACGUGGUUUGCGUGUUUUUACGCAUUUUAUUGGCACGGUGUGAAUAAACUGCAAGUCUUGAGUCCAAGAGCAUGCUAGCGUCAAAUUAGCAUCCUAAGCGUGAACAGCCUGCCAGCGGGGCUAACGGUGGCUAGCCGCUAAGCUAAAGCUAAGUAACGAUGGACGACCCCGGCAUCAAGAAGCAGAACUGGGACGUGAAGGAGACGGAGCUGUUCCUGGAAAUCCUCAAGGAGCUGGACAUGAAGAAGUGCCUGGACGGGCGGAAAGUGCGCAACAACAAACUGUUCAAGGUGGCGCACAGGCGGAUGGUGGCGGCCGGCUACCACCGCUCCGUGGACCAGCUCAAGUUCCGCUGGAAACUUCUCAAGAGCGCCUACUACAAGGGCAAGAGGGAGACCCCCUCCACGGCGCCCACCAAGAUACAGGGCUGGUGGCGCUACGAGAAGACGAUGGUGGCGAUCAUGGAGUCCAGGCACCCGCUGGUCGGGACCGGAGGAGGGGGGGGGGUCAACUCGGACAGGAACGACGAGGCCACGGAGGACUCGGACGGGGACGCGUCGAUGCUGCCGUGGCCGCAGCCCUGCGCGGACCACACCGCCCAGAACCUGGAUUUAAUUAUCAAAAUGGACCCGGACAUGGACUCUCAGCUGAAGAUGGGCUUCAUCGGUGCAGGAAACAUGGCUUACGGCAUCGCGAAGGGGAUCCUGUCCGGGAAUGUUCUUCCUCUAAAUGUGAAAGUGAGCGCGCCGUCCUCCAGGAACUUCGCCCGAUUUCAGGAGCUGGGCAUCGCCGUGACCCACUCCAACGUGGAGGUGGUCUGCAGCUCGGACAUCAUCUUCGUCGCCGUCAAACCUCACCUGGUUCCUCCGGUCCUCAACGAGAUCUCGCAGCACGUCACCGACAGACACAUCGUCGUGUCGGUGGCGGCCGGAGUCACUCUGGCCACGUUAGAAGAGCUCCUACCAGAGAACGCCGUCGCCAUCCGGCUGAUGCCCAACCUGCCCUGUCUGGUGCAGGAAGGCGCCCUCCUGUUUGCCCGGGGAACCCACGCCAAGCCAGAGGAUGGCGCUCUGCUUCGGUCCCUGUUGCAUCGCUGCGGUUUGGUGGAGGAGGGACCGGAGGCCUGGAUCGACAUCCACACGGGCCUGAGUGGCAGCGGAGUGGCCUUUGUUUAUCUUUUUGCUGAAGCUCUGGCUGAAGGAGCCGUUAAAAUGGGAAUGCCCAGCGCUCUGGCCCACAGCAUCGCGUCCCAGACGGUUCUGGGCGCCGGGAGGUUGCUACGCGACUCCGGGAAGCAUCCGGCUCAGCUCCGCUCCGAGGUCUGCACGCCGGGCGGGACGACCAUCUACGGCCUCCACGCGCUGGAGCAGGGCGGCGUGAGGGCGGCGGCCAUGAGCGCCGUGGAGGCGGCCACGGAAAGAGCCCGGGAGCUCGGGAGAAAGUCAUCGGGCUGCAAAAAGUGACGGCCGCCAAGGUUGCCUUUCUAAGAACUACUCACCAGACUCUUUUAUUCUCGUUUCUGCUCAGUGUCUUCAAGGAACACGGGAGACGAACAAGAAAAAAAUGAUAAUAAUAAAAUAAAAAAGGACUUGUCACUACUUUUUAUUUUUAUUUUCUCAACUCAAAAAAUGACGCAGGAAUCUGAACUAGAUGCUGGGUUAAUUUUAUGACUGAAGAGGAGACGCAAAUGAUUUGACUGUGAGUCUGUGAUCAACAGUUUAGGAGUGAAUGACUGUUUUUACAUGCACAUAAUAAUCCUAUCGAUGUGAAUAAAGGCUGAGCAAAAUCUGAUCGCGCCUAUAGUUGUGGAUGUUCUAAUCCAAAUCAGAUUAAUUAAGGACUAAUUUUGCAGCAUGUAAACAUCUUUCCUGGACUCUCGUCGAUGGGAUUAUGAUGUGCAUACGAUGUGGAGUGGAAGGUAAAUGUGUUGCAGCAUUUAAUUGUUAUUAAAUCAAGCAUAAAACUUGAAUGUGGGAUCAUUUAAAGAGCGACUGUGGUUGUGCAGCUGCACUUCGAUGAUAGUUUCUAGCGUAGUUGUCAUUCGUAGUUGCCGACCGUGUGUAUGUGCUCGUUUAACACCGUGUGUAGAGAAGUAUUUAUGAUGCCAACGUGUGUAGAAUCGGUUUUCAUAAAGUGUCAUGUUGAACUGUC